AUGGUUCGAUCUAUGCUGAACUGCAUCGACAACUCUGGCGCGGCCAUUGUCGAAUGCGCCAUGGUAAUCGGGCAGAAGAGGCACGCCUCGAUCGGUGACAGGAUAGUGGUGGUUGUUCAGAAACAGAGAGGUGCCCAGGCGGAGGGCAUGGCCGCAUCCUCGGGCACCAAGGUGAAGCGCGGCGACAUCCGGCACGCCAUCGUGGUACGGACAAAAUACAAGGUGCAGCGGCGAGACGGCAGUGUGAUCCGGUUCGACGACAAUGCCUGUGUUUUGAUCAACAAGUCCGGCGACCCCAUCGGCUCGCGAAUCAACGGCGUCGUGGGACAGGAGCUGCGGAAGAAGAAGUGGAGCAGGAUUCUCAGCAUGGCGCCCAUGCAAGCAUGA